AGUUUAAAAUUUAGGAAAGUGUUUUAUUAAAUUGAAAAUGGCGAUACCAUUAGCGGGUAAAAUAAUCAUACCAGUACUGGUCCUUGCCGUGAUCGGCGGAAUGGUCGCUCUCAUAGUGGUCAUAGUAAACGACCAGAAUGACAAUACGGACACCACCUUAUCUCCCUCUACAACGCCGUCAACGACACCUUCUACGAGUGCUACACCAUCUACAGAAGGUACUACGAGUAGCUCUACACCGGAUACAACUACGGAAGGUCCCAUCGCCAAAGAAACGCUGUAUCAAGUCGGCGUAGGCAUCGCUGAUAUGACAGGGCCUUGUGUCGAGGUCAAUUUUAUGGGAUACGCUGAGAUUGGUCAGUCAGGUCGUGGCUUGCACACACGACAGUUCUCUCGCGCCUUCCUCUUCGUACAGGGCGAAACCAGGAUUGUGCUCGUCACCGCUGACGUGCUGGCCAUCGGGAUUGGUGUUAGAAGAGAGGUGGUGAAAAACCUCCAAGAAUUGUACGGGGACAUGUACUCGCUCCGCAACGUGAUUCUGACAGGCACACACACGCACAGCGCGCCCGGGGGACACCUGGUCGAUCUGCUGCUAGACAUCACCAUCCUCGGCUUCUCACGAGAGACUUACAACGCGUACGUUGCUGGAAUCACCAGGAGUAUAGUGCGUGCGCAUGAGAAUAUAGUGCCUGCGCGGCUGUUCUUUGGGCAAACGCGAGUGUCGGGUGUUCAGAAGAACCGCUCGCCUUUCUCUUACGAAAACAAUCCCGCUGAGGAGAGGGAACGCUACGACGGCAACACAGACGCAGUGUUGACACAAGUGCGCAUAGAGCGUGAGGACGGCAGUGUGCAUGGCGCACUGACCUGGUUCCCGCUGCACGCCACCAGCAUGAACAUGACCAACCGCCUUAUCUCCGCAGACAACCUGGGCUAUGCGGCUGUCCGUUUGGAGAAGGAACUUAAUGCUAUGUACCCCAGUCGGAGGCCAAUCGUAGCCGGGUUCUUCCCCGCCAACCUCGGAGACGUGUCGCCCAACACGCAGGAAGCACGCUGCGAGUUCAGCGGCAAGACUUGCGACAACCAGUUCGUGUUGUGCGAGCGCAUGGAGCGCUGCUUCGCCGGCGGACCUGGCAGGGACAUGUUUGAGAGUACACAGAUCAUUGGUACAGCGGUGUUUGAAGCUGCUUUGGAGGUAUUGAACAGUGAUGGUACAGAGCUGAAAGGUGACUUGGCCGUAAUGCAUCAGUUCAUCAACAUGCCACAAGAGGUCGUGCCCAAGUACGACCCUGUCAACAGGAGAUUUAUUACUAAUGAACCAGUGAGAGGCUGUUUGCCGGCGCUGGGCUACAGCUUCGGCUCGGGUACUACAGAUGGUGCUAAUGUAUUCAACAUAACUCAGGGCACUCUGACUGGCAAUCCAGACCUGGACGGACUGCUGGGAGCUAUCAUGAGCCCAACAGUGGAGGACAUUGAGUGUCACGCCCCAAAACCUAUCUUACUUGCCACGGCGAGGGCAAAUUCCACAAUCCCGUGGCACACACAGAUAGUGUCCGCGACAGUGAUAUGGCUGGGGGGGUUCGCGGUGGCGGGGGUGCCGGGGGAACCCACCACCAUGUCCGGCAGGAGGGUCCGUGAUGUAAUCGGUGAUGUCAUGCGCGCCCGAGGAUACCAACCCAGGGUCGAAGUCAUGGGACUUACAAACGAAUAUAUACACUAUGUUAGCACUUUUGAGGAAUAUCAGGUACAAAGAUAUGAAGCCGCAUCGACGCUGUACGGACCUCACACACUAGAGAUUUUACUGAACAAGUUUGCUAAAUUAGCCGCCGCUGCUAUUGAUGGCGAUACAGUCGAACCCGGUCCGGAGCCGGAGGACCACAGAGGUAACGCGUCCUCUCUCCUGCCAUCCGUCGUACUGGACGCCACGCCCAUCGGCAGGAAUUUCGGAGACAUACUGAUAUCACCUCCCACCACUAUCAGAGUAGGAGAUGUUGUUAACGUCACUUUUGUCGCUGCAAACCCGCGUAAUGACAUCCGUCAGGAGUCGUCUCACGCAGACGUGGAGAGAUACGAGGAAGGGGAAUGGUUCACCGUCGCAACUGAUGCUGACUGGGAGACCAGGUUCCAUUGGGAGCGGGUAUCAACUAUAUUCGGCACCAGCCGAGUGCGAUACGAGUGGCACGUGCCCGCCGGCACCAAACCCGGCACCUAUCGAAUAGUAUACCGCGGGGCCUGGCGGAGCAUCGCCGGGUUUAUUACACAGUUUACAGGAGCCACCGAUACCUUUACAGUUCAAAGUUAACCUUCUAUAAGAUUA